CUCGUACCGCUCGAGUUUCCAGCCAGCAGUGGAUCGCCAAUCACCAAAAUCAUCUUCACCAGCGGAGUCAUCAGCAGCGUGGACACAUUCUGUACUUCUUCUUUUUUUUUUUGGUUCAAUCGCGUGUGUGAAAAAUCCCACUCCUUGCGGCUGCGAUUUUGGCAAGUGAACACAACCACAAGUGAACAGCCACCGAAAAUCACCAUCAAUACAAAACACAAACUGUGAAAGUGCAAAAACACACUGAAAAACACUCGCUAAAGGAUUAACGCAAAAAGCCACGGAACUUGUGCAAUAUUAACUAAGCAGAAGCUCAAGCCGCCUAAGCAAUCGCAGAAGAAUCAGACGAGAAGAUUUGAGCAGAAGAAGAAGAAGACGUUGAAGACCCAGAAGAAAUCGAAAGCAAAUCAGAACGCAAUGCAGUCAGCCGAGAGUAGGAGAAAUCCCAACCGAUCUUCGGCGCACAUGGGUCUCCACAUGGGUCCGCUGCUCCUCUCCGCCGUGUUGGUCCUCCUGGUGGCUUUUCCCGGUCAAAUCAAUGCCCGGAUGGCCUUCGAGAAGCUGACGGACUUCGAUUUUCCAGGCAACACGUACUACAGCGUGAAGAACCUGUCCCUGUACGAGUGCCAGGGAUGGUGUCGCGAGGAGGCGGAUUGCCAGGCGGCGGCCUUCAGUUUCGUGGUGAAUCCCCUGUCGCCAUCGCAGGAGACCCACUGCCAGCUGCAGAACGACUCCUCGGCGGCCAAUCCGUCGGCAGCUCCGCAAAGGAGCGCCAACAUGUACUACAUGGUGAAGUUGCAGCUGCGCAGCGAGAACGUCUGCCAUCGUCCGUGGAGCUUCGAGCGGGUGCCCAACAAGGUGAUCCGUGGCCUGGACAAUGCCCUGAUCUACACCAGCACUAAGGAGGCCUGUCUGUCCGCCUGCCUCAACGAGCGCCGCUUCGUCUGCCGAUCGGUGGAGUACGACUACAACAACAUGAAGUGUGUGCUUAGCGACUCCGACCGACGCAGUUCCGGCCAGUUUGUCCAGCUGGUGGAUGCCCAGGGUACGGAUUACUUUGAGAAUCUCUGCCUGAAGCCCGCCCAGGCCUGCAAGAACACUCGUUCGUUUGGCAAUGCCCAAAAGAUGGGCGUCUCCGAGGAGAAGGUGGCCCAGUAUGUGGGUCUGCACUACUAUACCGACAAGGAACUCCAGGUCACCUCCGAGUCCGCCUGCCGUUUGGCCUGUGAGAUUGAAUCCGAGUUCCUGUGCCGCUCCUUCCUGUACCUGGGCCAACCCCAGGGAGCCCAGUACAACUGCCGACUGUACCACUUGGAUCACAAGACCCUGCCCGAUGGACCCUCCACCUAUUUGAACCACGAGCGCCCGCUGAUCGAUCAUGGCGAGCCCAUUGGUCAGUACUUUGAGAAUCAGUGCGAGAAGGCCGCCGGUGCGGGAGCUGGUUCUCCGCCCGGAACUCUCGACAAGAUCGACACCCUGCCCGUUAGCCUGGACACCAUUGAGGACCCCAACCUGACCAACUUGACCCGCAAUGACGUCAACUGCGACAAGACCGGAACUUGCUACGAUGUUUCCGUACACUGCAAAGACACCAGGAUUGCCGUGCAGGUGCGCACCAACAAGCCCUUCAAUGGACGUAUCUACGCUUUGGGUCGCUCGGAGACUUGCAACAUCGAUGUCAUCAACUCGGAUGCCUUCCGUUUGGAUCUGACCAUGGCUGGACAGGAUUGUAACACACAGAGUGUGACUGGUGUCUACUCCAACACAGUGGUGCUGCAGCAUCACAGCGUGGUGAUGACCAAGGCCGACAAAAUCUACAAGGUUAAGUGCACGUACGACAUGAGCUCGAAGAACAUCACCUUCGGCAUGAUGCCCAUCCGCGACCCGGAGAUGAUCCACAUCAACUCGUCGCCAGAGGCCCCACCACCAAGGAUCCGCAUUCUGGACACACGACAGCGCGAGGUGGAGACUGUGCGCAUUGGAGAUCGCCUCAACUUCCGCAUCGAGAUCCCCGAAGACACUCCCUAUGGCAUCUUUGCUCGAUCCUGUGUGGCCAUGGCCAAGGACGCCCGCACCAGCUUCAAGAUCAUCGACGACGACGGCUGCCCCACCGAUCCCACCAUUUUCCCCGGCUUCACCGCCGACGGCAAUGCCCUGCAGUCCACAUACGAGGCCUUCCGGUUCACGGAGAGCUACGGUGUCAUCUUCCAGUGCAAUGUCAAGUACUGUCUGGGUCCCUGUGAGCCGGCUGUGUGCGAAUGGAACAUGGAGUCGUUUGAAUCCCUGGGCAGGAGGCGUCGUCGUUCCAUCGAGAGCAAUGAGACCAAGAGCGAGGACGAUAUGAACAUCUCCCAGGAGAUUCUGGUCCUGGACUUUGGCGAUGAGAAGCGCGAGUUCUUCAAGGCGGAUCCCAGCACGGACUUUGCCAAAGACAAAACGGUCACCAUCAUCGAGCCCUGCCCCACGAAGACAUCGGUGCUGGCCCUCGCGGUCACCUGUGCGCUGAUGAUCCUGCUCUACAUCUCCACCUUGUUCUGCUACUACAUGAAGAAGUGGAUGCAGCCCCACAAGAUCGUAGCAUAAGUGGAACGAGCGGAAUCUGAAAGAAGAAGCGAUAGAACGAAAGAAGAAAAGAAAAAAAACAAGAAAGAAAAGAAAACAAAAAGAGAAUACACAACAAAAUUGUCACUUGCACACACAUACGCUCUCUCUCUCUCACACACACACACACACAUAGACACUCUAACUCUAUAUCUUUGUCUCGCUCUUGCCCAGGCGGGCUUAGCCCCUCCCACUCACCCACACUACUGACAACCGUAUAAUUUUUUGUUUUUUUUUUUUUAAACGAUAUACAUAUAAAUUAAUUACUUAAUAUACAAUUUAUUUAUUUAUAUUUAUUUAGACUUAGAGCGUGAGAUACAAAUUCCCUUGAGAGCAAUGAAUAGAAAACGAUUUCCUAGUAGACACAUACACACACACGAGCACAUUUCACGUAUGCGAAUUAGUAAGAGAAAAAACGAUGAAAAGAAAAAAGCAAGAAGGAAAAAAGCUGCGAGCGCGUACUUUCUAUAAAGUUACGAAAGGGAACAACGGGAAUGGAGCAUUGUCCUUGCCAGAAAAAGAGAGAGAGAAAGAGAGAGAGAGCGCGAAAAAGAGGGCAGAUAAGUGGGAGAGAGAGAAACAAGGACAAUGUAUCAUGAUCCCUUUUGUAACUUCUAUAGAGACUGCAGCCGCACACACUCGCACUCAAACACACACACUCACCCACACACUCACCCGUUUCCACACUCAUUCACACACACCCACACACGCACUCACAUUUAUUUAAUUGUAAACUGAACGCAAUAAACAGCAAACAAGAGCAAUCAAAACGGAA